CUUCGCACCUGCUUAAAAAAGGGGCAGUAUUUUUGUUGAUUUUUUGUCCUGGCAGAAACCCUCUUUGGCCCAUUUUUAAGCAGAAGUUGACUUACUAUAACUCACAGUAAAAAAGCGAGUUGAUAUACAUAAAGCCAUGUUUCUGUAAUCUUAUAUUACUAUGUGCAUGGGUUUGCAUGCGUACAAAGUAGAUGUGUGUCGAAGUGACGAACUCGGUGGAUUAACGAUUAAGCGGUGACUCAGCUCACUGGAGUUUUUAUCAGAGCUUGCCAAUAAUCCACUAUGAUCCAGAAUUACGAUGAAACUUCGAUGACAAUAGCGAUAGCCCAUUUGUUACGUGCCUUGUGAUUGGCAUCAAUUUUCUCUAGCGUUAUAUAGACAAGUGUCAACUAUUUAUCGGUGAACGUAUUUAUCGGUGAUUAGGUUUUAGCACAGUGCACACUUAGCUUAUAGUCUAUUAAAUAACAAAAUCAUAGUUUACCAUCAUUAUUCAUUUAUGACGUGAAAAUAAAAUAUAAGAUCAUGGAUAAUGUGCUCAAACAAAAACUGAUACUUGGAUUGGGUGCCUGUGCUGUAGCAGCGGGUGCCUGGUAUCUUUCCCGUCAAGAAUGUACAUGCGAGGAGUGCUCAGAGACCGAUACCGAAGCUACAGUCUAUAUCGUAGAAAAUAGCGCUGAUUGGCGUGGGAGCUGCGAGGAGAUUAUCGCAGAAAUACGUCAUUCGAAGGUUAUUGCGUUGGACUGUGAGUGGGUAACCUCCAAAGACGCUGAUGGUGGUCGGCGAAAAAUUGCCCUCCUUCAACUUGCAGCGUCUACGACCUGGGUCGCAUUGAUCCGAUUGUGCAAAGUGGGUUUGAUACCGGAGGAACUAGUGGACAUUUUAAAAGAUCCGAGUAUUGUUAAAGUUGGCGUAGCCGUUCUUGAGGAUGCAGAAAAGCUUCAUGACGAUUAUAAAAUUCAGGUCAACGGUUGUCUUGAUCUUCGGUAUAUGGCGUUAGCCACGCCGACUGUAAAACGGAAAUUGGUCGAAGCAAGCCAGGGUCUUUCACUAGCAGGUAUGACUGAGGUUCUCCUCGAAGCAGAAAUGAUGAAGGACUUCACGAUUCGUUGCUCAGACUGGGAAUGCGAGCAGCUGUCAGACGAACAAAUAAAUUACGCCAGCUAUGACGUUGUUUGCGCAUAUGGACUGGCGGAGAAAAUUGCUCGCUCUAACGACUGGGUCACGCGCAUUAUUGGCUUGCUUUUGCCCUCUUAUUUAUGGCUAGAUUCAUAUCUGUUGUCGCAGUACUCGGAAUUUAUCGGUAUACGAUUUCACCGGAAGCAAACUAAGCUAAGCAAAAAGAGAGAAACACCUUUGCUUACAUCCACAAAAGAUGGUAAAGAAAAGACUCUGCGUUCGUACAGUGCUCGCAGAAAGCCUCUGUACGAAAAUUGCGUUUUGCUUUGUCCUGAUGGAGAGAAACUGUGUACAUGUGAUGCGAAAAAGGCGCAGUGGUACCUGGACCAUGGACUUGGCGAAGAGGUCGAGGGUGAGGAUGGAGACCCCCUAACAGUGAUGCUGAACUUCGAGCCUGCAAUCAGGACAAUUCUUGAUGGAGACUACUAUAGUUCACCCAAGGACAACGUUUGUGUAAUUUGUGGCGCAGCGGAUAAUCUUGUACGCAAGAUGGUUGUACCCAAAGAAUACCGUAAGCAUUUUCCGAAGAUAAUGAAGCAUCACAAUGCUCAUGAUAUAGUCCUUACCUGUAUUGAAUGCCACAGUCGAUUUAGCAGCUCUGACAACACGCUCAAGGAGCAAUUGGCUGAGCGGUGUAACGCUCCCUUGACCUCCUUGGUUGCGAAGUUCAGGGAAAAUCCAGAGCUAAAGGCGGUCCGCAGCGCUGGCAAUGCUCUACUAAAGAAACCACUAGGUCUUCCCAAGGACCGACAGGAGGAGCUACAGAAUUGUCUUAAGCAGCACUUCAACGUUGAAGAACUUACAGAGAAACUUAUCGAAGAGGCCUCAAAGCUUGAGACAAAGGAGAGAAACAAUGAGUAUAUCUCGCACGGCCGCAAAGUCGUCGAACAUUUUGCCAACCAACCAGAAGGCCUUAUCCAGCUUGAAUUGUUAUGGCGACAACAUUUCAUUGAUUCAACUCAAGCUCAUCACCUCCCGUCGCUCUGGUCCGUCAAUCAUCACCAUGAUGUGUUAGCUGUGAAAAUUGCUCUUUACCGGGACGCUGACCCAGACGGGGCCGAAGUUCUCAUGAAGCGAAUCGGUUUAAGCAAAAGUCGAGUGGAUGACGUGAUGAGGAAACUUGAACUUACGGACGGAGUUAAAGUUGGCAAGAUGAGCAUUAAAAAGGGGCGGCUUUUGGAAACUCUUAACUAGUUAUAGACUUGUGGCUUAUUUAGCAUUAGUAUGCUGGCCAUUGGCACCAAGAAAGUGGCAUUAGAGUCUACUUAGACACUAAGUUGUUGAGUAAGUGGCUCACUGCAGCCAGUUGAAUGUAUGAUGUACGUGAGCUCAAUAUCAGCGAAAGGAAAGUUGUGUACGCAAUUGCGUUGCAAUUUUUUGUUAAGUGAACUCUGCCAAAUCAGUGCUUAAGAAUAGCUCCGGCUAGAACAACGUGAUGUGUAAAUAAAUUAUUUGAAUUUGUUUAGUAACUUUAAUAUUAUUGUUGUUUAGUAACUGUAAUAUUAUUGUUAACUUCACUUUGACAGUGUAUCCCUAGUGCACAUCGGUGUUUCGACAAUAUUUUUGGAGAAAAGUUGUGCUGAUAUAUACGCAAAAUGUGGCGAAUAAUAAUCUAACAAGCAAUUUACCAGAUAAACGACAUGCUGGAAUACGAUUCAGACGGAUGUGGCGAUUGAACGGGCGCUCUCCCUAUCAUAACCUUGGAAAAGGAUAAAGUCUAUUAACAUUAAGAGCAUUAAUACUAAACAUUUACAGCAAUGAUCUACUAGCUUUAGGAAGCCCAUGGCUACAACAACUUUAUGGAAAAACAGCCACUAGAUAGAAUAGAUGUGAAGAAAAUUGAGUGACAAGGAAAAUUAUAGAAGGAUUACAAUGAAAAUAUUUUUUUAAGACAGAGUUCAAAGACUUCCCGAUUUGAAGAUGUCUAUCAGUCUUCUUGGCAAUUCGUUUUACUUAAUAUCCAUAAAUGUUCGUUGGGGCCCUAGUUAGUUGUGUAAAAAAGCCAUUGUAUAAUUGAGAGUGUGCAAACUAUUUUAUGCGUAGGACGCAUCUCCAUUCCCCCUAAUUGUUAUGCGCUACAUAAUCCUCUUCGUGUACCUAAAUGUGUUAUUCAAUUUAGUUGUAAAAAAUAAAUAUGGGCACUACAGAAAAUUUCACCUUUUUAGUCAAUGCUGACAAUUCACGAACGACUCCCUGGCUCUUUUAUUCCCGUACUGUGCCUACGCCUAAGUAGCACCUAUAAAUUCGGUGGUACUCAGGCUGAACAAUUAUGUCAGUUAAAUAUGUGAUGUAUCUUUAAUUUAACUUACACGAAUAUUGCAGAAGUUUUAAUAUUGAUGUUCAGUUUUACGUUACAUUUGUCAUUCAGUUAUGGGCAUGCCGACCUUACAAAUAGCUAAUUCCUAAUCGAUCUAAAAUCUAGGAUACCACUAAAACAGUCCUCGCAGAGCAGUCGCUUUGACCUGAUUUUUUUCUGAAAGAGAAGAGUUUGUCCAGGGCAAGAUUGACACGGUUGAAUCGAUUGACUGCAACCCCGGUGGAAACCCAAGCAUAACCAUUCCUAUAAAAAAACAAAGAUGGCGUGAGCUCAGGCGGCGAAAUUGCGUGUCCUGUAUUCCA